AAAUCAUUCGUUCACUAAUUCUCAUAUCAAGUCAGUCAGUGAACAUGAUAGGACAAAAAUAACAUUAUACAACUGGUCGAUACUUUGAUUUGAAUUUCAUAGGUUAAUAUAGCUAAGACAAACAACAAUUUACGAUUAGCCACUGAAAUAACGACUUAUAUUUUUAUUAGCCAAUCACACAAUAGAAUUAUUUUACAUGACGCACAACCAACAGACCAAUCAGAAGUAUAGUAAAGUGCAUAUAUAAAAAUUGGUAUUUUUCUCAGAAUGUGAAAAGGAAAAAAAGUCGCAACUUAGGCAGUCGGAUUUACCUAAUCGACUAUGAAAGUAAUUAUUCGGAUAUAUCGAAACAAUAUAUUAUGAUGACAACAGUAGUAGUUGUAUGAUCCAUAAGUGCUACUAGCUCAGACUGUAUGCAAAUAGACUCGAAAUACUUUGUGUACAAACAUGUGAUUGAUAGAAAGAGGAUUAUAUUCACCAUGGCAACAAAAUGUUCAUUGAUCCAAGAAAAGAUUUAAUUCAUAAUUCAACAAUAUAUUUAUCUACUUAUGCCCUACUAGUAUUAUUAUUAUUCAAUACAACAAUUAUGCCUAUAUUUCAGCUAAAUGAUCGAUAUAAUUCCACAGAAAGAGACUAUAUGUACCAUCUCCGUGGGUCAGAACACUUCCAACCAUGCAUAAUACAAUCAGAUGAUUCAUAUCCAAUAAGCAAAAUGAUAAUUUGUAAUAAAGAGGCUACAAUACAAUUUGGUAAUCGAUUACCAAUUAUUACUCAGGCAAAUGAUAAUCAAUAUCAAAUCAGUACAAUACGUAUUGAAAAUAAUCCAAAUAUUGAAAUAUGCUCUACUGGUACAUUUGAAAAUAUUAUGAAUGAUUAUGAUACAAUAACCAUGGGGACAACAACAACCAGAUAUCGUGGAAGUAUUGAACGUAAACUUAUACUAACAGGACUAUCAUUACACAUCUUUCAGUAUGGAUGCUUUAAAGGUUUAACUGAGUUGAAUGUUCUUCAUAUUGAAAAUUAUCAAUCAACUGAUGGAUUAAAAAAAUUAUCUGGAAAUCUAUUUCAAGAGUUGAAAAAUUUAAAACGCUUAAAAAUUCUCCAUUUAGAAAAUAUUGACUUGUCUAUAGGUAUACCACAAUAUGCAUUCUAUGGUUGGAUAAGACACUUGAAAACAAUUAAACUUAUUAAUAAUAAUUUGAAUACAAUACAUGAUGAAGCUUUCUCAUUGUCAACUAGCACAGAGAAUAAAUUAAUCGAGUUAAAAAUAGAAAAACAACUUGAUAAUGGUUGGAAAUUAUUAGAGAAUUCUAAUAAAUGGGCAAAAUAUUUAUAUGCUUUAAAAGUAUUCAGUUUAGAAGGAACAAAUUUACAAAUGACAUCAAUAAAAACAUCAUCCAUUCUUUUAUCAAAUUUAAAAUUAGAUUUAGGUGAUUAUGUUAAUAAAAAUUUAGAAUAUUUGAAUAUACAAAAUUGUGGAUUAACUAAUCUAGUGAAUAUUGAAACAUAUAAUAAAAAUAUUUCAGGAUUAAAUUUACUUCAUUUAGGUGGACAAUUAAAACAACUUUAUCUUGGCUAUAAUCAAUUUGUUAAUUUCAAUUUUUUAUUAGGUAUUAAACAAUUUCAUAAUCUUCAAUUACUUAGUAUAAAUUCAAAUCAAAUCCCUUUAAAAAAAUUACCAGAAUGGUUAAGUAUACAAUGGCCAUAUCUUCAAGAACUUCAAUUAACAUCAAAUGGUAUUGUAUAUAUUCCAGAUAAUUCAAUUUCAAAUCAUUUAAAAGUAUUACAUUUAAGUGAAAAUCCUUUAAAAUUAUUCGAUAACAAUUGGAUUAGACAAUAUGAUGAUGAUAGUAUAAAAUUAAGUGAAUUACACUUGAAUUCUAUACGUUUGAUUAGUGUUCAAUUGGAAGGAACACAAGCUAAUUGGAUGAAAAUAUUUCAACCAAUCAAAUUAAGUCUUGAACAUUUAAGUCUUAUAAAUUGUCAAUUAGAAGCCUAUAUGUUAAAUGAUUAUUCAUCAUUAUCAAAUACAAUGAAUGAAAGUGAUAUAUUAACACAAAAAUAUACCAAUAAAGAAAUCUACUUAAAUUUAGACUUAAAAAGUAUAAAACAUUUAAAAAGUUUAAUACUUUCAGGAAAUUAUUUAGAAUAUAUUCCACCAAAAUUAUUUUAUAAUCUUCAUGAAUUAAACAGUCUAGUACUGACACAAAAUCAACUUUUAACAAUACAAGAAUAUAAAAUUGAAGAGGAUAAAGAAGAGAAUGUAUACUAUACAUCAAAAAGUAUAGAACAUCGACUUUUACGCUUAGAUUUAAGUUAUAAUAAUUUAAUAACAAUGGAAAGAUGUGCAUAUGCAUUAGGUCUUGGAAUACCAUUUGAAAGUAUUAUUCCAUUGAAACCUAUUUGGUUAGCUGAAAAUCAAUAUAAUCAAUAUGAUGAGAAAUUGAUUAUAAAUUUAAAGAAUACAGAGUAUACAACAAAUCAAAUCUAUUGGCUUGGAGGUUUAAAUAUAAUAGGCAAUCCAUUUGUAUGUGAUUGUCGAUUAGCUUGGUUUCGUUAUUUUAUUGAUCAAAUGAAUAGAACAUUUAUACAAAAUGAAGGUGAAAAUUAUUUAUUCAGCUUUAAAAAAUACUUAAAUGAAGCCAUAAAUUUCACAUGUUAUGGAACAAAUCAAUGGACUGGAAGCAGUUUUCUUACAUUAACACUAAAUGAUCUCUAUAUGGUAGAUCAUAUUGACUGUAUGAAUAGACCAGAUGUAUAUGGGCAAAAUGCUAAAUCAUUAGAGAAUUUACAACCAUGCUGGAAGUUGAAUAAAACACUCAGUCCAAACUUAGAAGAAAUAUAUGAAAGAAAGAAUGCAAUAUUGGAAACAUAUAAGACUACAGGUGUAUUAUUUCGUGAUAAUCCAUCACUUGUUGUAUUACAACAGAAUGCAACAACAGUAUCGAAAGAGGCGUUAACUUUAAUCAUAAUUGCUGGUGUAGCUGCUUUAUGCUUUAUACUAGUUAGUCUUAUUAUUAUCAUUUGGUUAUGCAUACGUUUGAAACGAAAGACUAAUCAUCAUCAGCAGCAACAACAACAGCAAAUCUCUUUUCAUAGUAAAAAAUUCUAUCGUGAACGAUUGAAUGAAGUAAGUUGUUAUCACUGUAAAAAACUUCAUUGUUGUCCAUUUCCACUGUGUAAUUUAACUUCAUACAAUGGUGACUGUGAUGCUAAAAGGCUUAUUCAACACUGUUCUCUUUGUGGUUGUUCUACACACUGUUCAAAGCAUAUUUCAUCGACAAGUGAGACAAUCAAUUCAUUACGUCCAAAAUCCCAUAGAAUUGAAGACAUUAGUCAAACAUCAAUUAGAAUUUUUGCAAAUAAUACCGAUCAGAGGAAUAUUAGUCCAAUUUAUUCUGAGGUGACUGACUUAGACAAACAAGAAACUCAAUCAUUAAACCGAUAUAUCGACAAUCAUCAUAAUAAUAAUAAUAAUAACAACAGAGAUUGUCAGAAGCCUUUAUUUAAUCGAAAAACUGAGCGAAAUAAAGAGAUAAAACGGUCUUUAAUUUUCGAAUCUAAGCAUGACUCUCAGGAGGGAGAGAAAUUCAUCGCACCGAUAACAAGAAAAAUUAGUCAACCAAAUAUGUUAUCUAGUCAACAUGCCUCAAAUUGGUCUGAUUAUAACAGUAGUCAUAAUAUUGCCGAAAAGCCGUUGCAUAUCAUCAGUGCAAGUGUUCACACUCUACUGCACAGUGAUUAUGAACAAACGAUAAGACCACUACGCCCACCACCGAAUUCUCCACUACCACCGCUACCAAUGCCAAGAAAAAGUAAAAGUAUUAGUGAUUUACAUCAAACAAGGGGAAUUGAAUCACCUUCAUAUUUAUCAACUGGAACAUCGUUCAAUCUACGACGAAGUGCUAAACACUUAGCUAUGAAGAAGGUAGAAGAACAAGCAAGCCUACAGCCAUCAACAGAUAUAUCGGUUAAUCUACUAAGGCAUUAUGAUACACGAAAGAAACGUUCACCUGUAUUCACUGCCAGCAUACGUCGAAGUACUCUACCAUGGAGAAAUAAAACUAUGGACACUAGUGAAACUAUCAGUCUGAAAAAUGGAAGAUCUAUACUGGCGAAUAGUCGAACUAGUUUGAAGAAUGCCUUUAGAAGAAAUAGACUAGUAGUUUCUGCACGGCCUAGACUGGAGAACAAUGAAAAGAACAGUGUUGAUUUAAGAAACAACUGGCUAUCAGCAAGUCGACGUAAAUUACGCCAAACUUGUGAUUGGUUGCGACGUGAUCGUACGUCGAAAACAAGAAAAAGUCAUCCACUAACAAAAGCCGAACAACAACAAGAACAUCAGCAAUCACUCACACAACAGAUACAAAGUCAAGAUGAUCCAAAAUUUUUAUGUCCUGAGUUACCGAAACCGUUUUUCCUGCUUCCCAAACAAGAAGUUGAAUAUGCGGUACCAGUUGUAGAACCACAAGAUCGUAGGCAAACAGAUUAUCUACCUAUGUCCCAUGAAAAUUACAGUGAUAACCAACCAUUGACUGGGGGAUCGAAUCCAUCAGGUGACAAUCAUCAAGCAAAAUCACCAUCAACUAAAAAAUCUCCUAUAGAUGAGUAUGUAACUGAUUUAAUACACAUUCAGCAUAUAAAUUAUCCUAAUUUAAUAUUAUCCGACUCAUUCAUAUCACCAUCAUCACAACUGAAACUGCCACCAAUCAUCGCUCCGAUGAAACAACCAACUUCAGAUAUUCUCAACACCAACACUAUGAUGACAACAAAUAAUACUAUUGCUAGCAACACUCGACCAGUCAACAGUAAUAAUAAUGACAAUACCAAUGACAGUAGACCCAUUAGACCACCAAGGCACCAAAAGCUUCAAAUAACAGGGAAUUUGUAUAGUAUUCAAACAUUUGCUAACAAUGAUAACACUACUACUACUACUAACAAUAAUAAUGUCAGUAGUCCUGCUACUGGACUAGAGGUAAACAAAGCUAGAAAGACAGAUAGAUAUUUACCAUUGGAUUAUGAAUUACCCCUGCCACCACCGCCACCUCCACCACCAUUUAUGUUAACCAAAGAAGGAAUGUUAAAAACGAAUGCUGAUACACUGACAGAUAUAAGUCACAACAUGACUGAGAAAAAGUUAUCACUUUUCCCUUUACCGCCAGUAUUAUCACCAAAGCCGAAAAAUAUCAAUAUGAAACCUCUAAGAAGUGCAAAGAUUCCACCACAGUCAACAUUGAAAACAGGUGAACAAAAAUCACUUAAUUCUACUUUUAAUGAUCAGUAUAAUAAUUCAAUAAGAUUACUAGCUCAAAAAACUAGACAACAAACAAGUACCAGCAAUAAUAGUAAUACUGGUAGCCUUCAACAAGAUACCGCAUUGAAUACAACUAAAAAUACAAGUUGAUCUACUUUCUAGCUAUUCAAACACUUGAUAUAUGCAUACAUAUUUGAAGAAUAUUGUGAAAGAUUUCGGUUAUCAAUCAGACAUACACUGUAAGAAUGUUACAUUCAUAUAUACAAACUUUAGUUGACGUAACCUUUGUAUUAUUUCCUAGGCAACGAAGGGGUUUCUUCUCCUUCAAUAGUUUCUUACUUAUCCCACCUUUUCUUUUGAAAAAUUUCCCUGCCUAUUUUUGCUUAUGUGUAAAUAGGAUACAUGAAUGUUUCAUUACAGAUAAGCAUUUUACGAGUUUAUAUUGGAUGGUAACUUCUAAUUAAUUACAACAGAACAAAUGUGUAUUCUAUAUUAUCCAUGGAUCAUAGCCGAUAGUGGACUUCGGGGCCCGGGUUUCGUCCUGUCUAAGACUUGUCAGCUAAGUGUACUUGCCGUUCAGUGAGCGACGUUGCUCCCACUAGGAUUCUAGCCGGAGACUGAUUGCUCUAAACGCCACAGCAUUAUCCACUAGGCCAUUAAUGCACGGCAGCCACUUCUUGUGCUAUGAGUAUAGUUUUUAUGUUGUCGCGGGACAGCAUUGCUCACUGAGAUACAGGUACAUCCGACUGACGAGCCCCAAAUAGGACGAAAUGCGAGCUCAAGAUCCCAUUACUAGCCACUAUGCAUCACAAAUAUAAAACUGAGACACAGGGGAUAUCAAGGUACUGCAAAGGAGCCCAUAUGCCCAUACAGAUAGAUCAAUUCGUUCCAAUCAACGACAGGAUAAUACAAGUAACAGCCAAAUUGUUUAUUCUUUUUACAGGAUUUAUUAGUUUGUAAAAACAGUCUUCCGCAUAAAAAAAAUAAUUAUGUAAUACAAGUCAGUAAGCAUGUUCAAAUUUACGUACAUGUAGGGGCAUUGGGAAAC